AUGAAGGAAAAGUUGAAUUCAAAGCUCAAUGAUUCAAUAACAAAGUUUCCUGAAAAGGAAACUUUCAGUAUUUUCAAAGAAAAUAUUACAAAUAUAAUUGUUGAAGAUAAAACUGAAAGCAAAUUUUUUCUUGAAUUUCCAAGUAAUGAAAUUGGACUUGAAGAAACAAAGCAGAGAAUGAAGAAACAAAGAAUGAUGGAGAUAACAAUAAAAAAGAAAGUGCUGAAAAAAAAAGGUGAAACUGAAGUAAAAGAGAAUGAUGGAGAGAUCAAUGAAAAUGAGAAUGACGAAGAGAAAAACAAUGAGGAGACUGAAGAAACAAAUAAUGAUGGAGAUACUAAUCGAAAAAAUGAAACAAAUCAAAAUUUGUUGGAGAAAGUUGUUGAAAACAUUGUGGAUAAUGUCCUUGGCAUUGGAUUUUCAAGUUUAAAUAGUAAAGAAGAUGAAAUCUGGAUUAACCCUGAAAUGAAAACUAUUUUGGAUAAUAUUGAUAUAUGGUCACUAAUAACUAGAAGUAAAACUUAUACUUCGAUCACUCAAGUUAUUCAAGGGAAGGAAAACUCAGAAGGUAUACAUAAACAAAGGGGAGAAGUUGAGAAAGGAAAGAGAGAUGAUAUAGGUAAAUGGAUGGAAAGGGAAAGUCUGAACAUGGAAAUAAAGGAGGAGUGGAAGUUGAGAAGACAAAAGGAAAUGAUGGAGGUGAAGAUAAACAAAGAGAAGUUGAAACUACUGAAAAAAAAUAAAGAUAAAGGUGGAGAUAAACAAGCAGGAGAAGUUGAGAAAGGAAAUGCAGAUGAUAGAGAUGGGAUAUUUCUAUAUGUUGUGUAUCUUUUAGGCAAAGGAAAGUGUGAAGAUGAAAAUAAAAAAGGAGGAGAAGUUGACAAGACAAAAGGAAAUAAAUGA